GGAAAAUUAUAAGGUCAUUUGAACUAAGCCCUAUAGCGCGCUCACCGGUUUCAAUGAACCCAAGGAUAAUAUGAAUUAUUGUGACAAUGAACGGAUGAUGACCGCCGGGGCAAAGUCGACGCGCAUUGCUAAGCAAUUAGUGAGGAGCAGCGCCAGAAAGGGUUUUUAUUAAUAGCAGGAGAUCCCGGUCCGUGUGUGUCCGUCUCUCUCUGAGCGCUUGUAUCCAGCCAAGCUAGCGACGUUGAGCGCAGGUCUACUCUGUAAGCCGAUCAAGGUGGAAUUGUACACAACCAAGAUCAAUUUUGGGAUUUCUGCGUACCGAGACGCCGUAAAGGUGUGGAGAAGGUGCCAGGAUGAUCAUGGUGCGACUGGGUUGUUGCACAGCCAUGCUGUUUGUGUUGAGGCUGCUGCUGGGCCUGCCUUGGUACCAAGUUCUUCCAGCCAUUCUGAUCUUCUACCUGGGAAGUGGAGGAUGGAGCUUUGUGGACAUUAUUGUCAAAACACUUGGCAGAGAUUUACAUGCAGCGUAUGUUCUCCUGCGGGUGAAGCUGAACGUCAGGCGGCACCUCAGAGAGAAGAACACUGUUCCUAAGAUCUUUGCUGAGACGGUGCAGCGCCACGGGGACAAAACUGCCCUCAUCUUUGAGGGCACUGGUGAGAGGUGGACCUUCCGACAGCUGGAUGAAUACUCCAACAGAGUGGCUAACCUGCUGCUGGAACGGGGCUUCAGGGAGGGGGAUGUGGUGGCCCUUUUCAUGGAGAACAGGGCACAGUACGUGGGUCUGUGGUUGGGCAUGGCAAAAGUGGGAAUUGAAGCUGCUCUCAUCAAUUUUAACUUGAGACUGGAGGCUUUGGUCCACUGUAUCAUCAUCUCCAAUGCCAAGGCUGUCGUGUUUGGAUCAGAGCUAACUGACGCGGUGACUGAGGUCCAUAAGUCGAUGGGGAAAGCUGUGCAAAUGUUUUGCUGUGGGGAUUGGGACCCAAAGCGCGUCCCACAAGGAACGGAGUGCCUGGAACCCCUGCUGGAUGGCGCCCCAUCUCACCUGCCUCGCCGGCCACAGCGCUGCUUCACAGAUCGCCUGUUUUACAUCUACACAUCAGGAACCACUGGGAUGCCGAAAGCAGCCAUCGUCGUACACAGCAGGUACUACCGUAUGGCAGCUCUGGUUUACUAUGGCUUUAGGAUGACGUCAGAGGAUGUUGUGUACGAUUGUCUCCCACUCUAUCACUCUGCAGGAAACAUUGUGGGAGUGGGUCAGUGUGUAAUACAUGGCAUGACUGUGGUCAUCAGGAAAAAGUUCUCUGCCUCACGCUUCUGGGAUGACUGUGUCAAAUACAACUGCACAAUUGUUCAGUAUAUUGGUGAGAUCUGCCGAUAUCUGCUGAAUCAGCCCGUUCGGGAUGCAGAGCGGCAGCAUCGUGUCCGCAUGGCGCUAGGCAACGGCCUGCGCCAGUCCAUAUGGGAAGAGUUCAUGAAUCGCUUCAACAUCCCACAGAUUGCAGAGUUUUAUGGAGCCACAGAAUGCAACUGCAGCUUGGGCAACUUUGGCAACAAGAUUGGCGCGUGUGGCUUCAACAGUCAGAUUCUGCCCUUCAUCUAUCCCAUCCGACUGGUGCGGGUGGACGAAGAAACAAUGGAGCUCAUCAGGGGACCCGAUGGCGUCUGCAUUCCCUGUAAACCUGGUGAGCCUGGCCAGCUUGUGGGCAGAAUCAUUCAGAAUGACCCCCUUCGCAGGUUUGACGGCUACGUCAACGAAUCGGCGACCAGCAAGAAGAUCGCUCACAGUGUGUUCAAGAAGGGAGACAGUGCCUAUCUCUCAGGUGAUGUCCUGAUCAUGGAUAAAUACGGCCACAUGUACUUCAAGGACCGAACAGGAGACACUUUCCGCUGGAAAGGAGAGAACGUCUCAACGACAGAGGUGGAAGGGACUCUCAGCAGACUGCUGGACAUGAAGGAUGUUGUUGUUUAUGGUGUGGAAAUACCAGGAGCCGAAGGAAAGGCCGGAAUGGCAGCGAUCGCUGAUCCAUCGCACUCCAGCGACCUGGAGAAAUUUGUGAGGGACAUGGAGAAGGUUCUCCCUCCAUACGCCAGGCCCGUCUUCCUCCGCUUCCUCCCAGAGGUCAAUAAGACGGGAACGUUUAAGUUUCAGAAGACCGAGUUGAGGCGGGAAGGCUUUGACCCCACUGCAGUGACUGAUAAACUGUGCUUCCUGGAUUCCAGCAGAGGGCGCUAUGUGCAGCUGGACGAGGAGCUUUACCGCUCCAUACUGUCAGGGAAACACAAAUUGUGAUGACGAGGCUGAUCACUACAUCUCCACACAUGUACAGUUCACAGAAGAGGACGAUCGCUUGCGUGGAUUAAAGGACAUUUUGCCCCCAUGACCACAAAUACAAAAUAAUAGCCAUAAAAGGCCAAUUGGCGCACAAACGCAUACAAAUUCGUCCUCUCAAACUGGUUAAAAAAAAAAAAAUUCAUGAGCACACGGCUGCAUCCUCCACUGUCCCUCUUGAAAUCCCACCAGGAACAUAUUUUUUGCUACCUCAGCAAAUGCACAGAGGGGCACAUUAUCAGCACUCAGACACCCCCACCCCUCCCCACGACCUGUUGGGCCUGCUCUGUAAAUGCUGAAGAAAGUUGAGGAAUACAAGCUGCCUGGCAUCCAGAAUGCGAAUACUUGAAACUCCGGAGAGCGAAAAGAAGAGGAAUGGGACGUGGGACGACCUCGUGUUGGGACCUAAACUCAUCUGUUUGUUUGACAUGUUUUGUGAGGUUGUUGUGUUUUGAUCGUUGGAUUUCAGCUUAGCCUGCACAAGCCGCCAGAAGUGGCAGACAGUCCCCACCUGUCAGAAGAUCAGACCAGCUUAGGUCUCCAAAGCAUUCCAAAACUUCUUGAAAAGGGAAAAUGAAGGCGUGAAGGAAACUGCGCAGACGACGCAUGAGACCAGCGGUCAAAGCUUUAAUGUGCAAUAAAGCUCGGCGCAUGCAGCCUCGUAAAAUGUAGCAGCUGAUAUGGUCUUUUUUUGUUUUGGCGAAAUACCAAAUAUAUUUAAAUAUAUUUAAGUUGUCUGUGUGUCUCAGGCUUUAAGGACUUUUUACUAUAAUCCAAGAUUUUGUUUUCAGCUUUAUUUACAUCCCAAACUGUUUUAUUAGUAGAUCAUUCCAGCUGCAGCAUGCAUGUUGUAAUCAGCCGCUGGCAUGCAAAGUAGGUGACCCCUGGUCUGAGCGGAUAGUUAUCUGAGCAGGAUCUGUUCAUCCUUCUUUGCUGGUGUGAAGCUGUGCAGGUUUCGUCUGAAGCCGUUUGGGCUUUGUGUGUAUUUUUUAUGCUGAAACAUAUGACUAAAGUGGGUUAAAGGAAAGGGUUGCUUUGCCGGGUUAGAAAGAGCGGAGCGAUCCAAAGAUUCCAUGAUGUUGGAAGCUGAAGCAUGCAUGUCCAAAAAAAGAUACAAGGAAAUUUGCUUUGUGAAUAUUAACAGCAGCUGCAGGUAGAGGUUUACAGGCAUUAUCCACCAAAAGCAGAGCAUUGUGCCUUACUGUGAGUUCAUCUCCACAGGCCCCGCCCCCCUCCUUUCAUGAUCUUUUUUUUUUUAAAUAUAACUUAAUGUUUGACUCCUUUCAUUCAGCUUGUAUCGUCACAGCACUGCAAUGAAGUCAGCUGAAAGUACAGACAUGUUUGCUGAGUUGGCUCCUCCACCCUGCCUGGUGCAGGAUCACACCGCAUGGAGGAGAAGUCUGCAAAGCUGCUCUCCAACUCCGAUGAGGCUCCAUUGGUUGCUUCUGCUUUCUGCGAAGCAGCUGCAUCCUUUCCCAGCUUUGCCUUUUGUGUGAUUGUAGUAGUCCACCCCCACCUGCAGGCUGCUUCUUCCUCUUCUCGUUGUGCUCAGUUUCAUGUUGAAAGGAAACGUGUAUUCAAAGCUUCAGAAAUCUGAUCCCACUGUAAGGCUUUCAUGGUAGAAAGAGUGGAAGCAUAGGACACCCUGAGGUUUACUUCAGGUGUCUUCUGGUAGCAGAUUUCCUGACGUUACAGCUGAUUGUGCGUCUUUGGCAGCAGCUUUAUUUUACAGCUGAUUCAUGACAUGUUUUUUUUUUUUAAAUAAGUUGCACUGACUGAAACUUUUAUUUUGGUGCUGACAGCCUGCUGACAGUGACCACAACUCUGAUCCGUCAUUUCCCUGUUUUUGGGGGAGAAAAAGACCAACGUUCAGGAUUUCUUCCUGUUCUCUCUCCUCUGCAUUCUUUCUUGAUGAUGAGUGUGAUGAUGGUGUUUGAAAAGCAGCGCGUGAGUUGUGAUGUUGUGAAGUAACGUGUGUGGUUUGUGUCUUGAGGGAGCACGGUUUGGCUGUUAUGAUGCUUCUGGAUAAGAGUUGCAUGUGUCAACUCUUGCCACUAGGGGGCGGGUGACUAAACAGCCCCAAAGAUGAGCACUCUGAAGAGGAUGUUUUAAAUUCAAAUUUUAAGAACCUUGUUUUUAAAUUAUUUCUUUGAACUGUAAAUGAAGCUUUGGUUGUGUCACUGCUUGCUGUUUGUUUAGUGUGCGUUUUUAGCUCUUUGGUUUGGGUUUAAAGAGGCAUUCACACAUGAAGGGAUGACAAUCAAAUUAGUUUUGCUCAGUUUUGUUUUUAAGAGGCAAUAGAAAGCAACCAGGAAUGCACAAAUGUUCAUGCCAUCAUUUUAUCAGGGACCACGAGGGUGGUUCAUUUCAUAUCUGCGGGGUAAAAAAAUCAUCUGAUACCAUUUGCAUUUGAGGGUUUAUGAAAUAAAUCUGGAUUUUGUAAACCAGUUCUCUGGUUUUGCAUUAACAUCAAAAUUUUUAAAAACAAGCUUCUCUUACAACCAUUUAUUCAGAGGUUAAACGUGAGAAAUCCUCAAAUUGAGAAAGCCAGUCUUCCCAGCGUGCAAUAAGAUCAUUGAAGGUAUCUUUCUGAAGACUCUACUGAUGUUUUGUGACAUCUCAACCGAAGAACAAUGUUUUCUAAGAGGAAUGUGCCCCUUAUGACUUUGUGUUCCUCAUUUUGCUUUUUGCACAUUUCUUUUCGACAUGUUUGCCUCUGUGUGUGUGUUUUUUUCUUUAUGAAUUGUUUCAUGGUCUCGCCGCGUAGGCAGCAGCUCUCAGCCUGUGCUCAGUGAUGAGGUCUGUGAGGUGUCUGUGCGUGACACACACACACACUGAUGUCCUCUCGUCCACUGAAGGUGACUCCUGCGUUUUUGAAGAAAAUGUCAUAAAAAGCAGUGCCACGGGGAGAAAUGAUUAUUAAUAAAACUAUUUAAAUUGCUCACUGACCACUGGUGGUGUUUUAUGAUUUUUGAUCAUUCCUGAUUAAUAUACCUUUGGUUAAAUAAUUUUUAUUGUUAAAUCAGUUUAAGUGAGAUUUGCUGAAAUUUGUCUGGAGAUACAAAAUAAAAAGACUUUUGUACU